GUUAUUAUGUCGAUGAAGAAAAACUUGAACUAAUCAUAAGGUAAAUCAUAAAAAUUUUUUAAAUUUAGGUCCUAAAUUCGUCAAUGAUAAUAGUUAUAAAAGCAGAUCAGAACAUAAUCAAUCAUUUGAUGUAUCAUACGGAAACAACUUUACAUCAUCCAUAAGUAACAAGAGCAGACAAAAAAGCUACAGUUAAUAAGGAAAUAUUUUAGAUGAACUAGAAGAGGAAUAAUACCCAAAUUAAAUUAAUGUCACUAUUCAAAAAAGACAAUUUGAAUUAGCUUUGUAAAAUGAACUUCAAAAAUUCUUGUCAAAAAUAAUUGCUGGAUAAUAACUUUCAAUUGAAGACUGUUAGAUUAUCAUAAAAACAAUUGAUGAAUGCAUAUUAGAAAGCAUUUAAACUAUAAAAUUAAAAGAAGUAGAAGUAUUGACGUAAAUAAUAUUUUAGCUAAAAACCAUUAAAUAGGGUUAUGAAUUGAAAAUACAUUAAUAUGAAAAUACUAUUCUAGCUUUAGAAAAUGAAAUUUAGGAAUUAAAACAUAUGAUCACAUUAAAUCCAAACGAUUCUAUAAAUUUCAAAUUAUCUUAAUUAGAAUAAGAAAAUGAAAUGCUUAAACUUUAAAACCAGCAAGCAAUAAAAUUAGCAGUAUAAGGUAGAAAUAAGAAUUAGGAGAAAGAAUUGCAAGAUGCUACAAAUAUAAAUAAAUAAAAACCAAAAACUUAAGUUAACAAUUAUUCAAUUUUAUUAAAUCAACAGUAUAAUAAAAUUUAUCAGCAAGAUAAGAAAAUCAAAUAAUAGUUAUUCUGA